CGUUUUCCCUUUUGUUUUUAUUUAUUUCCGAAUAAAAUACGUCAUACCGUAUGUAUUUCGAUCGUUCUUGCUCUUUAGUUCUCUCUCUCUCUCUCUCUCUCUAGGUCUGUCUGUCCCUUUUUUAGAAGGGAAAAGGUCGAACGCGCGAGAGAGUUUGCUCGAGUUAGGUGACGUCGUUCGCCGCGAGGUGUCGAGACUAGCGUAUAGAGGGUUGCUUCGAAAGGGUGUAAAUGAGAAAGAGAGAGAAAGAAAGAAAAAGAGAGAGAGAGAGAGAGAGAGAGAGAGAGAGAAAGAGAGAGAGAGAGUUAAAGACGAAGAGCUUUUGGUGACGUUUAUCUCCCCGCGAUCUAUCUCGUAAAGUUCCUCCCCCUGUUCGUUGUUUCGCGAAAAAGUAAAACGAACGGAAAUUCCUUGGCUUAACUAGGUAUAACACUAUACUUAAAAAAAAAAAAAAAAACAAAUUUAAGUGGCGCGUGCGAUCGACGUGCUUCAGUGAAGCCCGGCGCGCUAGGGGUGAAAGCUCGCGUCAAGCGGACCACCCUCGUUGAUCGUGUGACACACGACCCGUGCAGGUAGGACAACGGACCAACAGAAAAGUGUGUUAGAGAGAACUAUCUGUGCCCUCUGGAUAGGUGCCGCUCGAGUCUUCCUUCGGAGCUUUUCAACCCUCGUUGAUCUUCAGAAGGAAUCAGAAACGUCGCCGCCCAAUCACCGACUCGUGUUUGCAGCACCCAUGCUUUAGUGAAGGCAUCAGAAAGUUACCGAGAAGGAGCGGCAGGAUGUGGCGAUUACUCGUCUUUUGGAUCCUAGCGAUCAACUUGGCGAGGAUCGAUGGGAAAAUCGCGGUUUUACCUCACGACGUUUAUCCCGGUUACGAGAUAACAAGAUUUCACAGCGAAUCUAAACAACAACAACCAUCGAGGUUUCGUUUACGCGACAAUGCCUUCUCCAAAUAUUUCACCGUCUUGAAGAAUGGCCUUGUCAUGACCACGUCGGAACUCGGACCAUUGCUGGAUCAUCGUCGACCGAUCGAUUUGGUAGUUUUAGAAGAAUUAGCAAACGGUACUGAAGCCCACGAUCUUCGAUUAUACGUGAUAGAUCGUCGUCACGUGUUAACAUUCUCCCAGGAACGUUUAGGGGAAGGUGAGGUCAGCGAAAAUGCACCUGCCGGUACUCUGGUCGAAGGAUUUCCACUUUUAAGAGCACGCGGCUACUUUCCCGUUCAUUAUACCAUUCUACCAGACGAAAGUGGUGAAAGAGCGUUCGCUUUGAGAGAAGAUCAUUCGAACGAUCGUGGUUUCAACGUUACGCUCGUUAACCACAGGCAAGGAGUCAGAGUGGUCACAGCUAAACCGCUAGAUCGCGAAAAAAAAGAAAAAUACAAGCUGGUGAUACGUGCGUUCGAUGGUAAUUACGUGAGCACCACGAAAAUCGGUGGUUUCGUUCGGGUUAUCGAUGAAAAUGACAAUGGUCCAGUUUUCGAGAAGGACGUUUACACCUUCGAAAUUCGGCCUACGAAUAUUGAGGAACUGAGAGAGGGUAUCGACAUCGUUCCAUCUUGGAAAAGAUUUAUGACGAUAGGCAAGAUCGUAGCCAAGGAUGCAGAUGGUGACAAAUUGGCUUAUAGAAUGCUUACCAAUACCGAUCUUCUCGUCGUCGUUCCUCAAACGGGUGAACUUUGGUUAACCAAUUUACCCGAAUUAGCUCCCGAAGAAGAUGCAGAACAACGUUUUAUCAUCGAAGCACACGAUCUUCGUACUCCAUCGAAAAUAUCCGAAAAGCCGGCUAUAGUAAUCGUCAGAUUUCUAACCUCGGUAAACGUUCCCGAGCCCGAACUUCACAAGAUUCGAAAGAGACGAGUUACCAGAGCUGUCAGGCCUACAAAGAAGAUCGAUUUUUCCGAGGCCGAUGGCGACGUCGUUGGAAAAAUAGCUUUUCAUCUUGAGAAGGAAAACGAGAAGGAAACUUAUAAGAUCAGAGACGAGAACAAGUGGGUUACGGUUGGAUCCAAUGGAUCCGUCAUGGUCAAACAAAAGUGGGAUUAUGAAGCGCUCGGACUCGAGAAGACUAUUGAUUUUUGGGUUACCAUAACUAACAUGGGAUUUCAAUAUACGGACAAUCAACGUGUCAUUAUCAACAUGAAGGACGUGAACGACGAGCCACCUUACUUCAUUAACCGUCCUCUACCCAUGCAGACUGUUGUACAGCUGAAUGCACCACCAAACACGCACGUGUUCACGUUACAAGCAAGGGAUCCUGAUACCGAUCACAACAUUCACUACUUUAUUGUUAGAGACCGGACCGGUGGUCGUUUCGAAGUCGAUCAAAGAUCAGGCGUAGUACGUACUCGUGGUACUGAUCUCUUUCAGUUGGACAUGGAAUACGUUCUUUAUGUAAAAGCCGAAGAUCAAAAUGGUCGAAUAGACGAAAGACAUUUCCAGUCGACUACGGAGGAACGACUAUCGAUCGUUGGUGGCAAACGUGCACCACAAUUCUACAUGACCGCUUACGAAGCUGAAAUUCCAGAAAAUCAAAAGAAAGAUUCCGACAUCAUAUCGGUUAAAGCCAAGUCAUUCGCCGAUCGUGAAAUUCGUUAUACAUUAAAAGCUCAAGGACAAGGUGCUGCGGGAACUUUCAAUAUAGGGCCAACUUCUGGUAUCGUCAAGUUAGCAAAAGAACUCGAUUUUGAGGAUUUACGUCAACCACAUAUAUAUUCGUUGAUAGUUACUGCUACAGAAGAUUCCGGUGGAUUUUCAACGACGGUCGAGUUAACCAUUAGAGUUUCCGACGUGAAUGACAACGCUCCGAAGUUUGAGUUACCAGACUACCAAGCUCACAAUGUCGACGAGGAUAUUCCUUUGGGUACCAGCAUAUUAAAAGUUAAAGCAACUGAUGCCGAUUCUGGAGCAAAUGCGGAGAUCGAAUAUUUAGUUUCGGACGAUCAUUUCAGCGUCGAUUCGAACGGUAUCAUCGUUAAUAAUAAACAACUGGAUGCCGACAAUAACAAUGCUUAUUAUGAAUUCGUAGUUACGGCUAAAGAUAAAGGUACACCUUCGAAGACUGGUACGGCUACUGUACGAAUUUAUACUAAAAAUAAAAACGACGAGGAGCCGAAAUUUUCCCAACAAGUGUAUACGCCAAACGUUGACGAAAAUGCCGGACCAAAUACAUUGGUGACAACCGUGGUGGCGUCUGACAAGGACGGUGACAACGUUCGCUUUAGAUUCGUUGGAGGAAAUAUUACGUCGGGACAAUUCGUUAUCGAAGAAAUUACUGGAGUAAUUCGUCUACAUGGGGAUAAAAUAACUUUGGAUCGUGACAAAUACGAACUUAACGUGACAGCUUUGGACGAUGGUGCAUGUUGUUUGAAUGGGGAUGCGACGAUCCAUACCAGCACAGCUGUCGUUGUUGUUUUCAUAACCGACGUUAACGACAACAAGCCGGUGUUCAAAGAUUGCGGAACUUACAAUCCUAAAGUCGAGGAAGGUGCUCCUAAUGGAAGUCCGGUGAUCAAGGUACAAGCUACCGACGAAGAUAAAGGUGUCAAUGGGCAAGUGAAGUACUCCAUAGUACAACAACCUAAUCAGAAAGGAACUAAGUUUAUGGUGGAUGAGGAAACUGGCCAAGUAUCCACUAAUAAGGUAUUUGAUCGCGAGGGCGACGACGGAAAGUUCGUAUCAGUUACCGUAAAAGCGACGGAUCAAGGUGAACCAUCCUUGGAAGGAGUUUGUUCCUUCACCGUUGAGAUAACUGACGUUAAUGACAAUCCACCAUUAUUCGAUCGUCAAAGAUACGUGGAAAAUGUUAAACAAGAUGCAAGUAUUGGCACUAAUAUUCUGAGAGUAUCGGCCUCUGACGAAGAUGCCGACAACAAUGGCGCUAUAACAUAUACUUUGAGCGCACCUAACAACGAUCAAGGCUUGGAGUACUUUGAAAUCCAACCAGAAUCUGGUUGGAUUGUAUUAAAGAAGCCAUUAGAUCGCGAGACAUACAAGCUGGAGGCGAAGGCCCAAGACAAGGGCGCCAACCCAAUGUCGCGAACGGUGGAGGUUCAGAUUGACGUUGUGGACCGUGCGAAUAAUCCGCCCGUAUGGGACCACGUAGUGUAUGGCCCGAUCUACUGUAGAGAGAACAUGGCCGUUGGGGCUAAAGUUGUAUCUGUUAAAGCCAGUUCUGGAAUCGAAAAUAAUCCAACGGUCUUUUACCACUUAAUGCCCGGUUCUACGGCACAAACGAACAAGUAUCACACCUUUUAUCUUCAGCAACGUGCUGAACAAUCAGUAACGUGGGCGGAUAUCAAAGUUAAUCAUCCGUUGGAUUACGAGAGUAUAAAGGAAUACAAUUUGACGAUACGAGUUGAGAACAAUGGAGCGCAACAACUUGCAUCAGAAGCGACGGUUCACAUUAUGUUGGAGGACGUUAACGACGAGAUACCACUUUUCACCGAACGUGAACAGGAGACCGUGCUAGAGGGUGAACCAAUCCGUAGUAAGGUUACUCAGGUCAACGCCAUCGACAAGGAUGGUACUUACCCGAACAAUCAGGUUACGUAUUAUAUAGUGGACAGCGACAGGAACGAAGGAAAGAAUUACUUCGAGAUUAAUCGUGAAACUGGUGAGAUUUUUACUAAAAUAGUCUUCGAUCGUGAGAAACAAGGCGCUUAUGCUCUCGAGGUCGAAGCCAGAGAUGGAGCACCAUCAGCAAGACCCAAUAACAAUGGCCAACCAAAUUCAGGUACGUCAUGGUUUUUUAUUUUUCUUUGUAAUUUUACUUUG